AUGGGUGUCAUUCUGCAAGAUCAGGUCGCCCUCGUCACCGGAGCUUCUCGAGGAAUCGGUAACUCGACGCGGCUCAUUUGAGAUUUAACAUUUGCUUUUUGAAGGUCGAGGGAUAGCUCUCCAGCUGGGAGAAGCCGGAGCAACAGUUUAUAUCACAGGGAGACGGCCCGAACUCAGCGACAACUUCAAAAUGGGACUCCCGUCGUUGGAGCAUGUUGCCAAAGGUAUUCAUCACAAUUGAAGCACUCUCUCACAACCAAUUUCUCUUCAGAAAUCACAAAGCGCGGAGGGAAAGGAAUCGCCUUGUACGUGGAUCAUUCGAACAUGACAGAAGUGAAGUUCCUGUUCGAAAAGAUAAAAGAAGAUCAGAACGGAAGGCUGGACAUUCUGGUGAACAACGUCUACAAUUCGCUGGGAAAGGCCACCGAAAUGAUCGGCAAACCUUUCUUCGAUCAAGAUCCUUCAAUGUGGGACUCUAUAAACGACGUCGGUCUCAGGUAUGUUCCUUUCUCGUCAAAAACCAUUAAAACGUGUUUAGAAAUCACUAUUACUGCUCCGUUUACGCGGCUCGAAUGAUGGUGGAGAGAAGGAGCGGGCUCAUUGUGAACGUGGCAUCGCUCGGCGGACUCAAGUCUGUCCGCUUCCUAAUUUCACUUUCUCCAUUUUGACAGUUUGUGUUCAGGUACGUGUUCAAUGUGGCCUACGGAGCCGGAAAAGAGGCGUUGGCACGCAUGUCGACUGAUAUGGCCGUCGAGUUGAACGUGAGCAACCGACAGUUUGAGUAGAGAACAGUCGAUCCUUCCUUCUAGGCGUACAAUGUUUGCGUCAUCACUCUGAUGCCUGGACCCGUGAAGACAGAGUCUUCCAGAAGAUCGGCUGUGGGGGACAGAGUACAGCCGAGCAAAGAAAUCAUGGUGAGCCAAUAAUGUUCAUUCGGUACGCGAAUCCAUCUUACAGGAAGUUCAUGAGAAGGGAGAGUCCCCCGAGUUUACCGGAAAGGCGCUGGCCCGUUUGGCGAUGGAUCCGGGCAGAUUGAAAAAGUCCGGAAAGACCCUGUUCACGGAGGACCUUGCUCAGAAGUACGAUUUUUCGGAUAAACAGGGUGAGAGACCAGUGAGACAGUAUUGAACAAAAAGAAACGUUUAGGAAUGGAGCCACAAAACAUCAGAAGUGUUCGAACGAUUCUGGAGACUAUGGGCAAGCCAGAAGUGGCGAAAUACGUGCCGCCAAGAGUGAAACUGCCAAAAUGGGUCAUCUGGCAGACUGUCAAUCGCUUCUGA